CGAGGGCAACAGUCCUCCCACCACGGGGCUCCCGUCGCUGUCGCCGGCUGCUGAUGUGGGCGGGCCCGGUGGGGGCCGCGGGUGCGGGUCUCCAUGGCGGUCGACAUCACGUUGCUGUUCCGGGCGAGCGUCAAGACCGUGAAGACGCGCAACAAGGCUCUGGGAGUGGCGGUGGGCGGCGGAGCCGAGGGCAGCCGCGACGAGCUGUUCCGCCGGAGCCUUCGGCCCAAGGGCGACUUCUCCAGCCGGGCCCGUGAAGUGAUCUCACACAUUGGCAAGCUGCGGGAUUUCCUCCUGGAGCACAGGAAGGACUACAUCAAUGCCCAUAGCCAUGCCAUGACUGAGUGCGGGCGGAUGACCGACGCCGAACGAGACCAGAUCGACCAGGACGCGCAGCUCUUCAUGAGGACCUGCGCCGAGGCCAUCCAGCAGCUGAGGACCGAAGCCCUCAGGGCAGCGUCCUCCCCGCAGGUGAAGGAGCACCGAGGUGUCGUCCUGGACUUCAUCCAAGACUACCUGAAAAGAGUGUGCAAACUCUACUCGGAGCAGAGAGCCGUGCGCGUCAAGCGCCUGGUGGACAAGAAGAGGCUGUCUAAGCUGGAGCCAGAGCCUAGCACAAAGCCCCGCGAGCCCCUGUCCCCCGAGGCAGUGUCCCAGGACCCUUCCAGAGACUCGGAGGAGAAGCCCGCCCCUGAGGACGCUCCAGUGGAAAAGCACUCGCCUGACGCCCGGCCGGAACUGGGGAACUGGGGGGAAGGGAGAGGCGAGGACGAGUUGUCCCCGGAGGAGAUCCAGAUGUUUGAACAAGAGAACCAGCGGCUCGUCGGUGAAAUGAACAGCCUGUUUGAAGAAGUGAGGCAGAUAGAAGGUAAAGUGGUUGAAAUCUCCAGACUCCAAGAGAUAUUCACGGAGAAGGUCUUACAGCAGGAAGCUGAGAUCGACAACAUCCACCAGCUGGUGGUUGGCGCCACAGAGAACAUCAAGGAAGGCAAUGAAGACAUCCGAGAGGCCAUCAAGAACAACGCCGGCUUCCGCGUGUGGAUCCUCUUCUUCCUCGUCAUGUGCUCCUUCUCCUUGCUCUUCCUUGACUGGUAUGACAGCUAGAGCCUGCGAGCUGCGCCUGCUGGAGCCGCACCCCGCCCGGCGGGGCACACGGGCCCCAGCGUGGGGCCCAUCAGUAGCCCACACGGAAACGAGACCGCACGACGCAGGUGAACCAUGAAACUGUCCUGGUGAGACGGCUUCCGGGGUGCCUACUGCCACGUGCCACGCACAAGUGGCUGCUAACAGGGAGUCGCGGGCACCAGGGCGCUGCAGGCCCCAGCUUGUCUCAGGUCCUUGCUGCCCGUCCGGCCCCAAGAGCAUCUCCUUUCAAUAAAGUCAGGAAACUGCG